AUGUAUCCCAACCCACCGCCAAUUGCCAUUCCCUCUUCGUAUGAGACUCUCCAAACAAAUCACAUUAAGAUAUCCCACCACCCAGCCGGCUCCCCCACCGCAACCCCAGUCGUGAUCGUCACUUUGGACCGCCCCGACAAGCACAAUGCCUUUACACAAGUCAUGGCUGAAAACCUGGAACGAGUCUUCGGCAUGUUCGACCUCGACGAGCGCGUAAAGGUAGUCGUGCUGACCGGUGCGGGAAAGACAUUCUGUGCCGGCGCGGACUUGGAGAUUGGGUUUGGCGGCGGACGAGAACGAGAGAGGACAGCGGAUCAUCGCGAUAGUGGUGGUCGAGUCGCUCUGGCGAUCCACAGAUGUCGGAAGCCUACGAUUGCUGCUAUGCAGGGUUCUGCUGUUGGAGUUGGCAUGACCAUGACUCUCCCGGCUGCGAUAAGAGUUGCCCACGAAUCGAGUAAAUACGGCUUCGUCUUUGCCCGAAGAGGAAUCACCAUGGAGUCUUGCUCGUCGUACUUUCUCCCCCGUCUGAUCGGAUACUCUCGGGCGAUGUUCCUCGUCUCAACGGGGGGGGUCUACCCGCCCAACUCAAAGCACUUUGAUGGGUUGUUUGCGGAGACUCUACCGGAGCGAACCCAGAUCCUUCCACGAGCUCUGGAGUUGGCUGCCGAUAUCGCCGAGAACGUCAGCCCAAUGGCUUCUGCGCUGAAUCGAGCAUUAAUGUGGCGCGGACCUGAGUCUCCCGAAGAAGCGCAUUUGCUCGAGUCGGGGAUCUUGUACCAUAUGUUUGGGGCUAAGGACCAGAGAGAAGGCGUUUCGGCCUUUUUCGAGAAGCGCAAGCCAAACUUCAAGGCAACUUUCGAGCACGAUGGGCCUGCGAACUACCCGUGGUGGUCAGAGGCGAGGAUCGACCCACCAGCAAAAGCUGCCAAAGAGUCGUCUAAGUUGUGA